AUGGAUGAACAGAAAAGUAAUUAUGAAGAAAUGAUGCUUGCUGAUGUUAGUAACUAUUUAUCUAAAUCUGUUUAUCGUCAUGACUGCACCCUAAAUGAUAAGCGGACAGUUAGACGAAAAGCAGAAAGAGUUGCCAAUCACUGGAAUAAUUUGGAUGAUUCGAUUAAGUUCCAGAAGAGUGUUAAAAAUACACUAUCACCUUAUUUAAAAAAAGGUGGCCGAGCCCUUAUGUACGUAAAUCAUGCAUGUACUUUUGCAUACAAUACGUCAAGGCAGGAGUCUAUAAAAUACACUCCCUUUGAGUUAAUGUUUGGUAGAAAACCCAUACUUCCUAUUGAAUUUGAAGUUGCUGGUGAAUCUCCUGAAUCGUUGUUAUUUGAUUUUAACGCAAGACCUGAGAGUAGUCAACAUUUUAUGAACAAAAUAAUAGAGGAAAGAUCAUGUAUCCUAGAAAAAGCUAAAAAAAAUAUUGAAACAGCUCAAGAAAAUCAGAAACUGCAUUAUAACAAGAAGCAUGCUUAUCCAUUUGUUUAUGCAAUUGGAUCCAAAGUCCUGAUCAAGGAUUUUUUGCGGAAAAAACGAAAAGAUGGAAAACUAGAUUUCAGAUGGCUUGGACCUUUCUGUAUUUUGAAAAAUUUAGGAAAGGGGUCAUAUCUCUUACAAGAGAUAGCCACCUUAAAGGAAAAAAAGGUUAAUGGUGCUCACAUUAAGCCAUACAUUACUUGUGAUAUUAAUGUGGCAGUAACAGAGGCGGAUUAUUUUAAGGAAUGUAGUAAAAUUGAUAGUAGUCAUACAAAUCCAACAGGCAACAUCAUUGACCAGAAAAACAAAUCUGAUAUAUUUUUUACAUCUAGUAUUAAAUCUACUCUGUUGCCAAUGCAGUCCUCAAAAUCUAUUAUAUUGCCAAUGCAGUCCUCAAAAUUCUGCAACAAUCAUGAUCAUGAUUAUAGUACACCAGCAAAGAAAAAAUGUUAUGAAACAAAUGUAUCCAAUAAAGAUCAGAGAAUUGAGAUAAGUACAAUUGAGGUGGAAACCUACAAAAUUGCAUCAAAAGAAACAAAAAAGAAGGUAUUGUGGGUAAAAAACAGUUUGUGUGAGUUGACAUCCAUUGAAAGAAAUAUUCUUAGGAGUGAGAAUGAGUGGCUAACAGAUAGCAUAAUUUUUACCUCGCAGAAUAUUUUAAAGGCACAGUCAUCAAUAGCUGGUUUCCAAGAUCCUAUUCUAGGAUUAAAUAUGGCAUUUCUUGCAAUGAAAAAUAGUUUUAUCCAGAUACUCCAUGAUGGACAUUGGUUUACAAUUAGCAAUAUAGGAGCGCAAAAAAUGAAUGAAGUUUUUAUUUAUGACAGCAUGUUGAACUCUUUGAGUGAUCAAGGGAAAAAACAGAUUGCUGCCCUUUUGGUAUAUCCUGAGAAAAAAAUUAUCAUUAAAAUAAUGGAUGUUCAAAAACAGAAAGGAGGAAAUGAUUGCGGUUUAUUUGCUGUAGCUUUUGCUGCAGCUUUAACUAAGCAGAUACAACCAGAUCAUUGUUUGUUUAAACAAAAUCUGAUGCAGGAUAAUUUAUUGAAAAGCCUUCAAGAAACGGUUCUUUCCAUGUUUCCAACAGUGAAGGUAAGUACAGAAAUUGGUGGGGUUAGCCGCAUUGAGGCUAUAGAUAUUUUCUGUUCUUGUCGAAUGCCGGCUGCAGGCCAAAUGAUUAAAUGUUUUGAAUGCGAUGAUUUAUAUCACUUAUCAUGUUUAAUUGACUAUCAGAAAAGUAUCUGUGAUAUCUUCUUUUGUGAUUCGUGCAAGUUAUUAUUUGAUAAUAAUCUAUGA